AAGUAUACGAAUAUAUGGAUUUUUUACGUCUCUCCGAUUCCCCGCGAAUAGAACAGAGGUUGAAGCAGCAAUUCAUUAGGAGUCUGCAAAAUGGGGGCAGAAGAAGCAGCCAUGGAACAAGAGAAGCUCGCAUCUCGGAAUCCAAGGACGAUUCCGAUCACAGAGACUCAGUUCCUAUCCUGGAAGAGGCAGAAGGAUGCUGAGGCAUCUGCAAAGAGAGAUGAAACAGCAAGGAAGCGUGCGGAUGAUAUAGCCUCAGGAGCAGUGCAAAUGAAUGGGCGAGAGCUUUUCUUGCACCAACCAUGGGUUUUUGAUAAUUCUCAAUAUUGAGGUUGGUUUUAGAUGGAAACAUUGUGGUGCUACGCUUUGUGGUCUCUUGAGAUAUUGGUCUUUUACUUUAAAAUGUUACCUUGUAUUUUAUUUGACUUUCAUUGCUCAUACGAGUCGGUAGUCCUUCAGCCCAAAAUUUUUAUUCUCUUUGGCCAUAGUAGCUGUAUAUGAAUCUGUGUAGGUUUCAUGCAUGGUAAAAUCCGUACAAAUUUUUUUGAA